AUGCUCCUUGCUGGCGGCGUCGACACACACAACUCCGCCGGAAUUCUCCACUGCUGCCCAGCCUCCAGCUACGAUUGCGGGGGCCCCGUUGGUUGCAGCGUAUUUCCUCCCGCAACCGCUGCAGAGCCUUGCUCUGAAAAGCUGCGGCUGCAGCUCGCGAGUGUUGGAGAAAGAUUUGCGGGUUUCAAGUCAGCUAUUGCAGAGGACUCAAGGAGGAGGCGCCUGCUUGAAGAAGAGCGGUACAGGCAAAUCCAUCAAGCAGUGCAGGCAAUCGAGAGCGGAGUUGCAGCAGAAACGAAGAGGAGAGGGGACGCUAGCAAGGUGCUAGAGAGGGCAGCAGGAAAAAUGGCCACAGAAAUGUUAGAACGACUGCAAAUGAGAAUAGGCAAACACAUUGGGCAUUUGACAAGACAAUCGGCGGAGCUAAUGGCUCGCUGCAAAGCUACUCGGGCGGCUUUCGAGGCGGAGGUGCAUUCGAGGACUGAGAGGGAGGAGGCAGCAUCAGAGAAGCUAGAAGAGCUUGUGAAGAACUUGGACUUGAAAAUAGAAAGUGAAAUCGCGGCUCGUCACCAGCAAAUUACAGCCAUCAAAAAGGAUGUUAGCAUAUUGCUCAGAGGUAAUCAACCGCGAGAGCAAUUUCACACUUUUGUGAAGGAGGAGCUGGAGGAGCUUCGUACUGGCCUCGCCGCCGCUACGAGGGCCCGGCAAGAGGCUGACGACGAAAUCCUGCAGGUACACUUGGGAAAGAGCACUCAAGAGAACAGACUAAAGAGCCCACUAAGUGUUUGUUUCCGUUGGAUCUGGAUGCUCCCGCUCAUGCGCGUCUAA